AUGAUUUCAUAUCAUAUAUUCUUACUAUUAUUGAAUAUUGUACACAAUUAUUGUUUAAAAUCUUUUCAAAAUGGACACAUUGAACAAUCAUCUAGGAAUGAAUUAUUCAAAUAUAUAAAUCAAAAUCCAAAGUUUCAAUGGAAAGCAAUAACUAAUCAACAUCAAUUUAGAAGAAAUAUUCAGUCAGAAAAUCAGUUCGUAAAGUCAAUUCCAGUUGUUAGUCACAGAAAUUUGGAUAUAAAAAUUCCCCGAGUUUUUGAUGCAAGAGAAUAUUGGAAAAACUGCUCCAGGAUAAGACGAGUAAAUGAUGAAUCACAUUGUGCAGCGAAUUGGGUCAUUGCAACUGUUGAUUCUAUUAGUGAUAGAAUUUGUAUCCGAUCGAAUGGAAGAAUUGAUGUUCAACUGAGUGCUCGUGAUGCUAUAAGUUGUGGUUAUGGUAUAGGAUGUUUCGCUGGAAGUGAAUUAGAUGUCUUGACAUACUGGAUGGAAAAUGGAAUAGUUACUGGUGGAUCAUAUGAAGAAAAGACUGGUUGUCAACCUUUUCCUUUUCCAAAAUGCAGUCAUUACAUAACUUCUAAAUAUCCUAAGUGUGGGAAAGAAACUUACGGUUUUCCACUUUGUGAAAAAAUAUGCCAAUACGGUUAUCGUAAUUCAUACGAAAAUGAUAAGUUUUAUGGUGAGAAAUUCUACAACGUCGAAGAUAAUGCAGAAGAUAUUCAAAAGGAGAUUCUAAUGAAUGGACCAGUGGUAGCAAGUAUCUCUGUAAAUGUAGAUCUUCUAAAUUAUACAUCAGGAGUUUAUUUUCCAUCACCAAAAUCAUCUAAUUUUGGCUGGAUAACUAUACGAAUAAUUGGUUGGGGUUAUGAAAACAAUACACCUUAUUGGUUAUGUGUUAACUCAUGGAAUGAACAAUGGGGUGAUAAAGGUCUUUUCAAAGUUUUACGAGGAAAACAAGCAGGUUUUAUUGAAUCAUAUGUUAGAGCAGCUAUUCCAAAAAUAAUAUAAACAUAUAUAUAUAUAUAUAUAUAA